AUGACUCUUGGCGACUCUAUCCGCAAGGGCGUGGGUAUGGUCCACGGAACUGGCGAGGCCAUCCGCGGCAAUGCCAUGGCCAUAGUCGAUGACGCGAGCGGCGACAAGGCGAGCGCAACCAAGAACCAGGAAAUCGCCAACAAGGGAGUCGACGAAUGGGACCGAGGCUACCGAGGCCACCCUGCCGACGCUGGUGUCACUCCUGCCGACACUGAUGCCCACCGCGAACGCAUGAACACGACCAACACCACAGCCACAAACUACGGCUCGCAUAACUCAAACAUUGGCAACAAGGUCGACCCCAGGUACGACUCGGAUAUGGACCACAGGGGAACUGCAACCGGCUCAACAAAUGCUGGACCGCACUCGACCAACGUUGGUAACAAGCUUGACCCGCGCUUCGACUCGGAUGUUGACCAUCGCGCUGAUCCUACAUCGAACGUUGGCGCCGAGAAAGACUUCGGAUGGCAGCCCUCGAAAGGGUUCGACGAGGCCUGGCACCCGCCACACGAACAGCAACAUGGGGGACAUCUUCCCCAUGAGCACCGAGGCUCGAUCGGUGGUUCAUCCGGAUUAGAGGCUGCAAACAAACUCGAUCCUAUAUUCGUUGCUGGGCCUGAUGAAGAAUCGAUGAAGUACGCUGACCACCCCAACAUCCACCAUCUCCGCGGCUCGAUCAGUGGCGCAUCCGGUCUUGAGGCUGCUCAGAAGCUUGACCCUCCUGAAGAAGCGACAGCCCGUCUCACAGACGAAGUGUCCGCUCGUGGCCCCGGCUAUAGCCAACCCGACUCAUCGUACCAUCAACCAAAACCCACACACCAAAGCAGCGUCCUGAACAUGCUCGAGCGGGAUGCUGACUCGCAGCAAUACCAUCAGCCAAACCGCGCUACUACAGAGCCUAUGUCCCAAUACGAUGCAUGCUACGAGUAUCCAUCGCAGUCAGAAUUGGGAAGAUAUUCGCCCGACUCAGACGAUGCGCUACUUCGCCAGUCACGCCGAAGAAGCCGUAAGUUCUCGUUCCAAAGACUGAAGUAG